UUAUAAAGUUCCGUUAAUUGUAUGGAUGUUGUAGGCUUUAAAUAACGAGUCCAUUUUGACAAAUUUCAAUUCCAAACAUCAUUUAAUUCGUUAUUAAUGUAUGAUAUAUAUACCAUAAUUAUUGAUAAUUUACUAAGUGAUAAAUUAUGACCAGAAUAUAUAUUGUAGUCAUUUUGUUUGUUCAACACAGGAAUUUCAAGAUGGCGGUUACCUUCUACUGACCUGCGUUAACUAUUUUGAUGCAAGAAUCACUUGCUGGAAUGUACGGAUAGAAUGGAAGAAGGCUCGUGAAAAAUUAAAUACUGUAUUUGCCAUAUUUAUAGAAUGGCCAUAUAGCAAGAUGGAUGAACCACCUUUCGAUCUCCAGGGUUACAAUCCACCCAUUUCAUUGUGGCAACUUGUGGAACAACAUGUCCCAAAACAUGAACAGGAUGAAAUCAAAAAUCUGCUGGGGGAAUCAAUGGUUGACCAAAGCCUGGAGUUGCACCAGGAGAUUGAUGUAUUGCUUGAGAUAUGGAGAGACUAUAGAGAUGAAACUAAUGAUAAUCAGCGUGUGAAACUGCCAGAGCCACCAGGACUACGCGAUCGACUAAUACAAGAAAUCAACUUCUUUGUGGAAAACAUCCGUGAUAAGGCCAAAAAUAAUGGAGUUAAUCCAGACAGAUUGCUUGAAGCCAGACACAACACAGAAAUCAUUGAUUAUGCCAUGGAUACUGCCCGUUCAGGAUCCCGCUGUCGGUCCAGACCAGGGACUGCACGUUCAAGGGAUGGUUCAGAGACACCAAUGAUCGUGACACCCACAGGAAGUGACAGAAUUUCUGCAGCAUCAACAUUGAGUGAAGAAAUUGAUUCAAUGAACGAUAAACUCAACUUUUUACAUUUUGAUGAAGUUGUACAACAUUUAAGAUCUACAUUAGAAGAGGAGACGAGGAUGUUGCUGAAGGACAUCAAGUUUCUUCAAGAAUGUCUCGAGGAUGAGGCAACAUACAGGGCGGAGGUACAGGGUACCUUCUCCAGAGAACCCACUAUAGCAGAUUUACAACAAGAACGCUCCAAAAUGGAGAAGUCCUUGUUGGUAGAUGGAGUGCCAAAGAAACCGCCUCAAGUCAGGGCUCCCUUUGCACCACAAGCAAUUAGACGACCUCUUCCUGUAGCUCAGGAUGCCAGGUCCCCACCUGUAGGUGUUACUGUGCCUGAUGUAACUAGUCCAGGCAGUCCCAACAGCCCUAAGGGUACUAGAACUGAUCAGUCCCUUCUAAAGACUAAGGAUGGAGGAUAUAGUGCUAGUAAAAAAACCUCCCCAGGGACCAGACAAGGACCAAUGAAGGCGUCACACAUGAUAAUGAUGACAGACAAUGUGACAGAUAAAGGUGACAAUGCUGUGUCAACUGAUGAAAAUUUCAGUACAAAUUCUCGAGAAAAUUCUGCCUAAAAGUGCCGGAGGUAGGGUGAAAAUGAGGCAUAGAGAUUUGAGUCCGGCUCGAGCCAAACUUGUGUCUGUCGAUAUGGCCUCAGGUAACAUUACAGAUUUGUCUCCCAGUACAAAUAUGCUUCCAACGCCACCAUCAUCAGCUAAGUCUCAGCGACCUACAUCUGCUCAGAGGUUUAGGAGAAUGGUGUUAGACUGCCGUGAUACAUGAGGAAUGUGACAUCAUUUAAACUGUUCUGUUCUUUGUUGCAUAUUUUGACUUUCAAGGUCACCCUGCCUUAAUAUCAGAAUUUGAAAUUCUUAAUUUUGCCAUAGUAUUGUACGCUAUGGUACUACCUCAAUGGACUUGAUCUGUCCAUUAUUUUGUGUUUUUCAUUAGCUUUUUUAUGUUUUAUGUUUGUGAAACAUAAGAAGAAAUUUAAAUCUACUUAGUUUUGUAGAAAUCUGAAUAAUUUCCAUUUUUUUUCCCUUUAAGUGAAAAAGAAUAGAAAUAAAAAUAACAUUCAUGUUCAUUCAUUAACAUCCAGUAACUAUAAUACACACCUGAAAAAAAUCGUGACACUUAUCGAGUUAUAAGAACCUGCACAAAUUACAUCAGAUUUUUUUUUAAGUAUACCUUGCUUCAGCUUAUUGUCUGAUUUCUAGUACAUCACAAAAAAAACCCCACUGUUUUACAGGUAUUGUAAUUGAUCAAGGUCAUUAGUAACUUAGAGCAGUAAGUUAUUUGUCUGUUUCUAAGUUAUUUGUCUGUUUCUAAUUCUUCAGCCUGUCCAAUUACUGAUAAGUAACCUUUGUUGAAAGCAUUGAGAGAAAUGAUGUGAUGAUUAUAGACCUUUGUUAAACAAUCUAGUAUUGAUGUGUUUGUGUUUUAUCAUUUAUGUUAUCCUAGUCACCAUUUAGUUUUAUGUGUAUGUUACUGAGCCUGAAUUGACAGGGUAUAGUGUUAAGUAUUAUAUACCAGUUCCUUCCAGAGAAACCUGGUAUCAAUAAGAGAGUAUUGUGGACAUAAAGCCCAAAAUCAUUACUAUAAACAGUGUGAUAACAAUACUACUGUGGAAUGUCUGAGGCACUGUAUUGUUGAUAAAUACCUGUGUGUAUAUAACAAGAUGCUGGAUUUAUAUGUAAUUCCUACAAUAGGAAAGCCAUAUUGAUCAUCCGAAGACACAGAAGAAUAGAUUUGUCAUUUUUUUAAUAAAGUUUACGAUAUCAAGCUUCCGUCAUAUGUUGGAUAAUUUUUAAUUAUCUAUGAAUUGAAGAGCAUAACAUUGAGUCAUGUACAUUUGUUAUCAAUGAUAUUUAUCAGUAUUGAUAUGUAUAAGUAAUACAAUCAUUGUAUGUCUGUCAACUAUAAGGGACCAAGUGUGCUUUGUUCAACCAAUAACCAUAUGGAAAUUGUUUAUAGUUUAAUAUGUAUAAGAUAAUAUGCUAUGUAUAAUGCUGCAUGAUUAAGUUAUUUUUGUUACAAUAAUUUUCCACUUGUGUGAUUGGUUUGACAAUAAGACACCUGUUAUUGUACAAAUGGACACCUGUCAAUACAGCAAUUACAGCCUGUAUAUA